CUCUCUCUCUCUCUUUCUCUUUCUCUCAUUUCAACUCAAUCGUUUGUUCAUCAUCACGAUCAUAAUCCGUCAUUCGCCAUGGAAAAGACAUUUUCAAUCUCCAUCCACGAAGGAAAACCGAUAAGAUGCAAAGCGGCAUUAUGUAGAAAAGCAGGAGAAGCUUUGGUCAUAGAGGAGAUCCAAGUUGAUCCACCUCAAGCUUACGAAGUUCGAAUUAAGAUCUUAUGCACUUCUCUUUGUCAUACUGAUGUUGCUUUCUGGAAACUAGACUCGGGACCUCUUGCAAGGUUUCCUAGGAUUCUAGGACACGAAGCAGUCGGUGUUGUGGAGAGCAUUGGAGAGCUUGUGGAUGGAUUCAAUCAAGGAGAUGUUGUUGUACCAGUGUUUCACCCUCAUUGUGAGGAAUGUAGAGACUGCAAAUCCCCAAAGAGCAACUGGUGCUCCAGGUUUUGCGAUGAUUUUGUGUCAAACACGAGGCGAUAUGGAAUGGCUUCCAGGUUUAAAGAUUCCUCGGGAGAAGAUAUUUACCAUUUUUUCUUCGUCUCGAGUUUUUCUGAAUACACUGUAGUUGACAUCGCACAUCUCGUCAAAAUCUCCCCUGAGAUCCCCGUUGAUAAAGCCGCCUUGCUCAGCUGCUGCGUCUCCACUGGAGUUGGAGCUGCAUGGAAGGUGGCUAACGUGGAGGAAGGUUCCACCGUCGCUAUCUUUGGCCUUGGGGCUGUUGGACUUGCGGUUGCAGAAGGGGCCAGGCUACGUGGAGCUGCCAAGAUCAUCGGUGUAGAUCUCAAUCCGGACAAAUUUGAAAUAGGUAAACGAUUUGGUAUCACGGACUUCGUCAACCCUGCUUUAUCUGAAGAAAAAAAAAUUAGCCAAGUUAUUAAAGAAAUGACCGAAGGAGGAGUUGACUAUAGUUUUGAAUGCAUUGGUUUAACUUCCUUGAUGGAAGAGGCUUUCAAUAGCACACGCACGGGAUCGGGUAAAACGGUAAUUUUGGGGAUGGAAAAACAGAUGUUGCCAAUAAGCUUGGGUAGUCAUGAUCUUCUCAGAGGCAGAACUGUAUGCGGAACUUUAUUUGGUGGUCUGAAACCUAAACUUGAUAUUCCAGUUCUGGUGGAUAGUUAUCUGAAAAGGGAACUUAAUCUGGACGGUUUUAUUACACACGAGUUAAGCUUUGAGGAAAUUAACAAGGCUCUGGACUUAUUGGUGAAGGGAGAGACUAUCCGUUGUGUCCUAUGGAUGGAUAAGUAAUUGUGUUCCAAUCAUAAUUUGAGCUGAUUGUUGUUGGGAACAAAAUACUGUAUUCAAAAUUUCAAAUUUAUCAAAUGUCAUUUCCUUUGUUGAGAA